AUGCACAGAAGAAUCUACCAUCUAAUACUUUAUGCUCUACUGUACGGCCAGAUUUCCUUCGAAUUAUUUUUAAUUUCCAUGCAGACAAACAAGUCAUUUGAAGAACUAUUUAACUUUGUGGAGAAUGCACCCAGUGUCAUGUCCGCAGCAAACUUAUUCACAGACGAAGACUGGUCCCUGGGGUGGCAAGAUAACCCAGAAGGCUAUGACAUAAAGAGCGAGUUUGACAUGCUGACAGAACUCCAUAAAAGACUCUAA